AUGGCAUUUCAAACAAGCAAAUACAGAAAAGAAGUAUCAACUUCCCUCCACUCCAAUGGCCUUGAAUUUGAUGAUGACGACAUGCUGGAUAGUUUCGUGGACAAACUAUCGGUCGAGAUGGACUCAAUAGGGAUAGACGACAACUUUGUUCGUGAAGAGUAUGAAAAGUGGCUACAUCAUAAUCAGAAACAAGAAUGCGAAGUAAGGUACAAGCAAUUCAAGAAGAAUUUUUUGCUGCAGCUAGAGUAUGACGAUUCUAACGGAGGAAGAUUCCAUGGUCUAAACCAGUACGGAGAUUUUUCUUCAGACGAGUUCUAUGAGCACCUGAAACAGUAA